AUGAAACUUCUCCUUGUAACGGGUUUCUUUUCCUUCCUCGGCCUAUCGGCUGCAUUCCCUCGACGCCCGUCAUGCUCUUCGGUUUCCAUCAACGUCACAGCCGAAGCUGGCAAUAUCGUCUUCGAAGAUCUACCCGAUGUCAACAACGCAACCUCCGUAAUUGGGUUUCUGGCGUCUUCCUUCGAUGCCGUACGAACACAGCACAACCGGCGUCAGAUCAACGGAACUUUCACUAUCAAAGCUACCCACUGUCGCCCACUGGUAGCAUCACCAAAUUCAUUAAGCCUGCAACUGCUGGUUCAUGGUAUAACAUACGAUAGGGCAAUGUGGUCCGGAUUUGGGUUUCCUCAGUACGACUGGCAGGCCUACGCCACUUCACUUGGGUACCAUACGCUCGCAAUCGACAGGCUUGGUCAUGGCAUCGAAUCACCUCACCCGGACCCAUUCGCCGUCGUCCAGGGUCCCUUGGAAGUGGCAAUCAUCCACAGCCUCAUUCACACCGUCAGGGAAGGCCGAAGCACGCUAGGAGACUUUGACAAGAUUUUAUAUGUCGGACAUUCUUAUGGCUCAUCUCUCGGCAACAUGCUUGCGCAGAAGCAUCCACUCGAUGUUGACGCCUUCAUUCUGACGGGAUUUUCGGGAGAUCUAGGCACCUCUGCUAGUGCCCUCUCCGCAUACGGAAGCGCAGCCAUGGUGUCGUCUAGAUUCAAGGGACUGCCGUUGGGGUAUUUGACCGUCGUGAACGAGAGCGACAGGACGGCUAGCUUCUACGGAGGCAGUUUUGAUCCGUCUUUUGCCGCGCGGGACUACGACAGGGAGGAUACCGUCACAGUCGGAGAACUCUUGUCACCGGGCCUACAGCCCGUCGAGACAGAUUAUCGGGGGAAUGUGUUGGUGAUGACGGGGGAUUUGGAUGUUUUGUUCUGUCCUAGGGGUCCCGAUACUUGCGCGGACGCGCUGAGAGGAACGGAAACCCUGUUUCCUAAUGCAACCUUCAGCUCUAUGGUCAUACCGAACACUGGGCACUGCCUGACUUUGCACCAGUCGGCUCCGUUGGUCAUGGAAACCGCUCACACAUGGCUGCAUGGUUUACAACAUUAA